AUGGGAGGGCAUCCCCAUCCGUACAUGUGGGGACCACAGCCAAUGAUGGCAGCGCACUACGGUGGUGUACCACCAGGGCCCUACGGCUAUGCAGCUAUGUAUGCUGCACCUCACCCUGGCAUGGCCCAAGGCGCUGCAGGGGCAGUGGCCCCAUCCCCUUACGGUUACCCACCUCCUCAAUCGGCGGACGGCUCUGAGGUGCCAGCAGCAGCAGCAGCGAUGAUGGGAAUGACCCCGAUGGGCCCCAUGGCCAUGCCAGCAGCACAGGGCUACCCCGGCAUGCCCAUGGACUACUCCCAUGAUGCCAUGGCUGCUGCUGCCGCUGCCGCCGCCGCCGCCAGUGCUGCCGGCGGGGCUGCUGCUGCUGGGUCGGCCCCACCAGCAGCUGCCGCGGCGCCUGCUGCGCCUGCCGCCCAAGCUGCCCCUUCGAAGCGCAAAAGGUCGUCUCAGCAGUCACAUGGUCAAGAUGGCGCUCUUGCUACCACUGGAGGGACGAGCCUCGCCCAUCCGCACACCCAGGCGGCACCAGGCUCGGGCCAAGCCUUGGCCCUGGCCUCAGGCUCGGCGGGAGAGUACACGUCCAUGCCUUCAAGCCCAUCCGAAGGCCCGUCUGCUUCGGCAGCAGCUGCGGCUGCUGCUGCUGCGGGUGCUGGUGGGGGCGGUCAUGCUGCUGCUGGGGGAGCAAGAGGGGGCGUGGGUGGCGGAAUGGCGUAUAACCCCAUGGGUGCGUCUGCUGCGGAUAUGUGGACUGGCGCUGCUGCUCCUGCUGCUGUGGUGCCGCCUCCCUCCCUGGGGCAGGGCGUUGGGGGGAAGCUGGGGGCACGAGCGGUAGGGGCGCGGGCAGGAGGGGAUGGGGGCGACGUGGGAGGGAGUCUGAUGUACCAGGUUCCGUUUCGCGGGGACGAGAGGGAGGUGAAGAGGCAGAGGCGGAAGCAGAGCAACAGGGAGAGCGCGAGGCGGUCGCGGCUGAGGAAGCAGGCAGAGUGUGACGAGUUCAUAGCGCGGCAGACCGCCGUGCAGAUGGAGAACAUGGGGCUAGCCACGGAGCUAGCAAAGGUGCGGGAGCAGUACGCCUCCCUGUGUGCUCAGAACGCCCAGCUCCGAACCAUGCUUCAAGAAUCGGGCAUAGACCCAUCAGCAGAAGGAGCGGCCUUCCCACCAGCAUCGUACAACCCGAUGCACAAGUAUCAGCUAACCUCCGUACCACCCAGUACCGCUCAUGCACCACCACCACCUCACGAGCCUUCAACUGCCCCUCCCUCUGCUCUUCCUCCCCCCUCUUCAUCAGCACUUGAACCCCUACAACCCGCCUCUCCUGCCCUUCUCCCUGCUCCUCCCUCAGCGCCUCAUUCUGCCUCUGUUGCUGCUCCUUACCUGCCUGGGAAACCCGAGCCUGCACCCCUUCCUGCUCCGGGGCCCCUUCCGGAAGCAGCACCCGAGCCUGUGCCCGAGCCUGUACCAGAACCUGCACUGGAGCCUGUACCCGAGCCUGCGCCUGAGCUUGUGCUUCAAGUUCAGGUACCCGAGCCUGAAUUUGUAGGUCCGGUGCCAGGUUUGGCAGAGGAGCAGCAGCUGCUGUUGCCAGGGGGGGAGGAACCAGGGUUGGGAGGCGGGAUGGGGGGGGAAGGUGGAAUAGUAGUGCUGGGGGUCCAAGGGGGGAGUGAGGGGUUAGAAUCUGGUCAUGGCGAUGAGCUACAAGCAAGGGUGGAGAGAGAGCAGGGAGGGGAAGUACCUCAUACGGUGGAGGGCGCUGAGGCAGGGGCAGGCGCAGAGGCAAUGGCUGGGAUGGUGGAGGUGCAAGAAAGGGUGGCACAGGUAGGGGACGAGAUGAACGUGCAGGUGACGCAACAGGCGGAGCAGGAGGAGCAUGGAGUGGCGUUUGAUCAGGGGAAAGAGGAGGAAACUGCAGCAUGGGAGGAUCGGAAAGAGGAGGAGGCGAAGGAGCAGCAGCAGCAGCAGCAGCAGCAGGAACAGCCAGAAAUGGGGCAGCAGUCUGAGCAGCAUGAGCAGCAGCUAGAGCAGCAUAAGGAAGAAGAGGUGGUUGGUGCUGGAGGGGAGGAGAUAAGAGAGGUGGACGGGGGGAAGGAUGGAGCAGCAGAGGAGGGUGGAAGGCAUGAGGGUGCCCCAUUGGUGGGCGGGGAGGAGCAGCAGCCUGUUGGAGACAACAAUGAGAGCGGCCAAGGGGUGGCUGAGACAACCGAGACUGCACAGGGGCAGGAGGGUGGGGGGAUAGCGGAGGCGCAGCAAGAGAAGCCUGAAAAUGAAGCCAAGGAACCAGACGGAUUGGCAGUUGCAGAUGAGGGAAGGGCAGGGAACGAGCAUGAGCAGCACCCGAGUGAUGGGACAGAUCAUGGGGUCUCUGAGCCGCCUCAGCCAGUGGAGGAAGGGACAAAAGAGCAAGGAGAGGGUCUGAAGGCUGCAGCGGGUUAUGCUGUUGGUGCGGGAGUAGGUGCAGAGCCUCCCCUAGAAGCAGCAGCUGCAGCAGCGGCGGCAGCAGAGGGGGAAACAGAGAUGGUAGAUGCUAGUGCAGCUGAAGGAUCAGCAGGUGAAAAGGAGAAGCAAAGGAGGGGUGAGACUGAUUUAGCAGGUAGAGACAGAGAAGGCUCCAAGGUUGGUGAAGAAAGCACGGAGGUUGGUGUAGGUGCAGCAGGAACGGAGGAGCAAGGGGGAAUCAAGGAUGGUUCAGUUGCAGGCACAGCUGUGAUGGCACCAACGAGUAUUGGUGAAGCCAUAGCUGGGGGUGUACUUGCUGAGGGCUGUAAAGGUGCUGAGGCUGCGCCAGUGGCUGAUGAACAUGCAACACCAGUGGAGGGUGCUGCAGGGGAGGGCGUUACUGGAGAGGGUACCACUAAGGAGGGUGUUGCUGUGGAGAGUGGUGCAGGGGAGGGUGCUGUAGAAGCAACAGAGGGAAAAGAGGUGGCAGGGCCAGAGGCCGCAGGUGGGAGUAAGGGUGAAGCUGAGGAGACCUCUGCUGCCGCCUGCCCUUGCCGGCACCGCCUCUUAAACCGAGUGCUAGCGCUUCCUGUCAACAUGGACUCCCCAAUGAAGCUGGCGAUUGUGGAGAAGGUGGUCGGCCGCACGGGGUCCCGCGGUCAAGUCACGCAAGUGCGCGUGAAGUUCAUCGAUGAGGACCGCUACAUCAUGAGGAACGUCAAGGGCCCCGUGCGCGUAGGAGACGUCCUCACCCUCAUGGAAUCCGAGCGGGUCACCCCUCGGGUUACCAUGGUGGGCGGCCCGAUCACUCGCACCUGGGCGCCGGUGGCAGCAGCCUCUUUCAGGUCCCACGCGUCCGCUGGAAACAACCCCACCUCCACUGGAAAUGCAGUGGCGCUGCUCCCGGUGCUCUCACUCCUCUCGCUGCUCCAGUUGCUCUCGAAUACUACUGCUCACCCCCCUCGGCACGUCGCCAGGGCGCGCAGGGGGUUCCUAUCCGAGCUGCAAUCAAUUAAAGACGAGGAGAACGUCGCGGGCCCCAUCUCGUAUGAGUCACCCCUGGACAUAGUGCUGUACCCGGACCCGCGCUUGAGGGCGCCCAACAAGCGUGUGAACGUCUUUGAUGAGUCGCUGCAGAAGCUUGUAGCGGAGAUGUUCGAUGUCAUGUACAGGACGGAGGGCGUGGGGCUUUCAGCGCCACAGGUGGGGGUGAACGUGCGCCUGAUGGUGUACAACCCGGUGGGUGAGAGGGGCAAGGGCGUGGAGAUGGUGCUCGUGAACCCGCGCAUUGUCAAGUAUGCCAAGGCACGGGAUGUCAUCGAGGAGGGGUGCCUCUCGUUCCCUAAGAUCUACGCUGACGUCGAGCGGCCAAUGGGUGUGAAGGUGGAUGCUCAGGAUAUCAACGGUCGGAAAUUCAGCAUCAGUCUAAAAGAGUGGCAAGCACGCAUAUUCCAACAUGAGUACGAUCACCUGGAGGGGACCCUUUACUUUGAUCGAAUGACCCCGGAAGUUCUCGACACUAUUCGCAGCAAGCUCAUCGAUCUGGAGGACAAGUAUGCUGAAGCCACUGGUGCUCCACCGCCUGAGUCGGUUGCCAAAAGACCAGUUGCUACCAAUGCUGAUUUCAAGUACGACCGGCGGUCGCCCUUUGUGCGAAAGUUCAAGACAAUCGUGCAUCCGGGUGGGGUGAACUUUCAAGUACGACAGGAGGUCGCCCUUUGUGCGCAAGUUCAAGACCAUCGUGCAUAUCGGCGAGGUGAACCGCAUCGAGCAAGGUGUCUCUUUUCCUCCCCCUCCCUUCCCCCCAUUCCUCCCUCCCUUCCCCCCUUCCUCUCUUCCCCCACCCUCCCGUCUCUCCUCGCCCUCGGUUCGUGCCAGUUCAAGUACGACAGGAGGUCGCCCUUUGUGCGCAAGUUCAAGACGAUUGUUCAUCCGGGCGAGGUGAACCGCAUCCGAGAGCUGGUGCAGAACCGCAACAUCAUCUUCACACACACCGACAGCCCUGACGUGCUCAUGUGGCACGUGGAGCGCCAUCCUUUCUGCACGCCUUCCUUCAACACCCCUGCUUCCACACCCGACCUGGUACGUACCCACCUUGUCUUCACGGUGUGGGCAUGCCUUGUGCGCCCCUGGCUGUGUUGUGUUGUGUGCGCGCCGUUGGGCCAUUUCAAGGGUGGACAGGUGAGGGUAUCCUGGUGGGGCACGCACAUGGACGAUGCUGAGUUGGCAUGUUCUCCAUGUCUCCUACCCUCUCACUCCUACCUCCCGCUCCUUCCCCGUUUCCCCCGCGCCCAUGUCCGUCAGAUCCUGAUCUUGGUAGGGCACACGGAGGACGCCGAGUUUGCCAUGGCGACCAGCCCAGUGGCGCCGCUGGUGAUCAGCGGGGGCAAGGACUGCAACGUGCUGCUCUGGAACGUGGCCGACCACGUCACGUCGCUGCAGUCAUCUGCAGCUCUCCGCAAGCCGCACCCCGCCGCCAAGCCGAAAGCCAGGGCAGCUGCUGCGCCCUCCGCGCCUUCCCGCUCUGCCCCCUCUGCCCCCCUUUCCUCCCGCGCCCGUGCUGACUCCCCUGCUCGUAGCGGGGGGAGAGGCGGGGGUGGGGAUGGGGGAAGCGCGGCAGGUGACGCAGAGAAGAAGCGGAAGCGGGAGGAAGGUGUGGUGAAGGGAGAGGAAGUGAAGGAAGGGGAGAAGGAGGAUGGUGGAGGGGAAGGGGAGAAGAGAGGUAAAGGAUUGGAAGGGAGCGGUAAGAAAGUGGAGAAGGAAGAGGAGGGAAAGGAGGGAGGGGAGGGCAAGCAGGAGGAGGCGAAAAGGGAGAAUGGAGAGAAGGAGAAGCUGGAGGAAGAUAAAGUGGAGGAGGGAGAGAAGAAGGUAGUGAAGGAAGAGGAGGGGAAAGGGAAGGGGGAGGAUGGGGAAGAGAAGGAAGGGGAGGAGAAGGAGAAGGAGGGGGAGGGGAAAGGACAGGAGGUUGAGGGAAAAGAGAAGGAGGUUGAGGGAAAAGAGACGGGAGAGGGUGCGAAGGUAGAGGAGGAGGCCAAGGAGAAAGGUACUGAGGGAGAGGUGAAGGUUGUGGAAGGGGAAGGGAAAGCAGAGGAGGGGGCAGAGACGAAAGAAGCGGUAGAGGGGAAGAAAGGCAAUGGCGAAGAGGGGAAGGCAGCUGAGACAGCUGAGACAGGGGAAAAGGAGGAGACAGAUAAAGAGAAGGUAGAGGGGGGCGUAGGGAAGGAAGUAGCGGCCGGGGGAGGGGAGGAGGCAGGGAGCAAGAGUGAAGCAGGGAAGAAAGAGGGUGAUGAUGAUGCUGAGGAACCUGCCUCCGCUGCUCCUGCUGGUGUAGAUGCAGGUAAACCUGCAGAGGCAUUGAAAGAGAGUGAGGGCAUGGACGUGGAUAAGACUGGGGGAGAGGAGGGCGAGGGAGGGAGGAAGAGUGAUGCGGUUGGGAGUGAUAAGGCAGGGGGGGAAGAGGGAGAGGAAGCUGGGGGAGGGAGCAAGGAGGUGAAGGAGGAGAAAGCAGUUGAGGAAAGGAAAGAGGGGAAAAGCAAGGAGGAAGACGGAACAACUGACGGGGCACCAACAGGAAUGGUCAUUGACGAGGCAACUGGUGGUGCUGGUGGUGCUGGUGCUGCUGGUGCUGCUGGUGGUGCUGGUGGUGCUGGUGGUGCUGGUGGUGCUGGUGGUGCUGGUGCUGCUGGUGGUGCUGGUGGUGCUGGUGGUGCUGGUGCUGCUGGUGCUGGUGGUGGUGCUGGUGGUGCUGGUGGUGCUGGUGCUGCUGGUGCUGCUGGUGCUGCUGGUGAUGAUGAAGCAGAGACAGAUGCACACGUUGCAAGCAAGCCCACUGGUCCAACCCGGUCCUCUUCUCCCUCCCCUCCACUCAAGCUCGGAUCCGCUCCGAAAUCCACAAGCCUGGCUCCCCGGGGGGUGUUCAAGGGGCACACAGCGACCGUGGAGGACGUGUGCUUCCACCCCUCGCACUCCCAGCAGUUCUGCUCCGUAGGGGACGACUCCAGGCUGCUGCUGUGGGACGCACGGACAGGCGGAGAGAAGGGGCCGUGUCAGAGGGUGGAGAAAGCGCAUGAUACUGACGUGCACUGUGUGGAUUGGAACGGGCGGAACGAGCAUAUGGUGGUGACUGGGGGCGCGGAUAAGAGCGUGCGGUUGUUUGAUGUGAGGAAGCUGGGGGCAGGGCCGGUGGGGAAGGCGGAGGGGGAGGCGAGGGGGAAGGCGAAGGCUACGCAUGCGUUCCGCGGAGGGCACCAGGCAGCUGUGCUGUCCGUGCAGGUGAGCGGUGCUGUGGUGUGCCCCUCGGUAUUCGCAAGCUGUGCAGAGGACGGCCUGGUCAACAUCUGGGACUGCUCCCUGCUGCAUGUGGAGGCGGUGAAGUCGUCUCGAGCUGAUGGGGUGCCGCCCGGACUGCUCUUCCAACACGUGGGCCACCAGGACCGAGUGAUUGAGUUCCAGUGGGCACCGAAGGACCCGUGGACGUUCGCGAGUGUGUCAAGCAACGUGAACAAGAGAAGGGGAGGAGGCACACUACAGCUGGACCUCCGCGCGCUCGACGGCGCGCAGCUGCAUGUGCAGGCGGGCGCACGGGGGGAAGCGGGGGCGCAGGGGGAUGGGCGGAGAGUGGAGGUGUGCCGGUUUGCGCCACCUGGGGCAGCUGCAGUGGGGAGAGGCGCAGCGGGGGGGAAAGGAUUCGUCUGGGGAGGCCAGCCAAUUACGACCCACUGCCCCGUGGGUGGGUGUCUAGUGGCUUUUGAGUCAAGUCAAAACACUUACCUGUGCCUCUCUGCGCGCACUCUCUCACCCUUCCAUGAGAUCGCACUCGUGUCGGACCCACUGCCCCAUGGGUGUGUAAUGGCCUUUGAGUCGACUCAAAGCUCAUCUUUGUGA